AUGAUAGAUUCUGCAUCGCCUGAUAUUCAUCCAAACAUGGUGCUGAAAUAUUACUAUGCCAUGAAAAUGGAAUCAAUUCAAACCAUGGGGUUGAUUAGGCCUACAGGGCGACUUGUAUCAAGACUUGUGUCAAUGUCAAACAAGUCAAUUAUAAUACCAAGAUUAGUGCGAAGUUAUUCGUCAGACCACAACUUCAAAGUAUCAGCCAAACCAAACUAUCCAGGCCAUGUUCCUCUCAACAUGUUUCAACGGGCAUUUUUAUUUGUGGGAUCAGGAAUUGCUGCUUUGAGCAAUCCAAGACGACCAGAUUUAAUUGCCACCUUUGGUGAAAUGACAGUACAACCAUAUUUUAUCACACGACUAAGAGAUGAGAUGUUGCUAGAUCCAGUUGGAAGAAGAAUCCUACGAGAGAGACCACGAAUUACUUCGAAAUCUCUAGAUCUCGACAAGCUUCGAGCAUUACCUCCAAACACGGUAGGAAAUGUCUACAUGCAAUGGUUAGAUCGCGAAGGGGUAUCACCUGAUACAAGAUUACCAGUUCGGUACAUCGAUGAUGCAGAAUGUGCCUAUGUAAUGCAAAGAUACCGGGAAUGUCAUGAUUUCUAUCAUGCAAUUACCGGGUUACCAGUUCUGAUGGAAGGCGAAGUAGCAGUUAAAGCAUUUGAAUUUGCAAACCUUGGAAUUCCAAUGACCGGACUUGCCGCUUUUUCUGAGCCAUUCAAGCUGGCUCCUAAAGCCCGCCGACGCAUCAAAGAUAUUUAUAUUCCAUGGGCCAUAUCCAAUGGGCUCAGAAGCAAACUUCUUCUAAACGUAUAUUGGGAAGAAGUACUCGACAAAGACGCAGAUGAACUACGAGCCGAGCUAGGUAUCGAUGUACCGCCAGAUCUCCGGCAACUUCGAAAUCAAACUAAGUCCAAAUCGGUCCAUAAGUAG